AUGCUUAUUGCUUUGGCGUGUGAAGCCGCCUGUGUUCCAGUGGUCGUCGUAACCCAAACCUUCAAAUUUUUCGACAAGGUACUCAGCCACGGCAACGUUUCGCUCAUGGGCCGCGAAGACAUCGAAAUUUUGCAAAACGUGCCGGCGUCCCGAUCACGCUUCCAGAACAUAUUGGAAUCGCCCGCUGCCGCUGGUGAACCGCACAGCAAACGUAUGCUUGCGGGAGAUAUUUACAAGAUGCCGGUGUCGUCAGAGUCAAUCGAUGAAUGGCGG